AUGAGACCUUCAAAACAAAAAUUUAAUAUUUCUUUUCGAGAAUUUGUAAAGCAUUGUGAGAAGCUCAAAUCAGAUUAAGAAACAAAAAUCAUAAAAUCAAUCAAAUUGAUCCCAACAGCUUCUCCUGAUGAAAUAAACGAUUUUGUUAACUCAAAUCAAAUAGAAGGAAAUAUUACCAAUAUUGCAAAAGAUUUUGAUUUUCUUCCAAAAGAAUAUUCCUCAAUUCUAUCAUCCAAAAGCAUAACAUCUCCUACUCCUAUCCAAAAAGCAAUCAUCCCUUUAAUAUUAGAGGGAAAUGAUGUGAUUGCAGUAGCUGAGACAGGAUCUGGAAAAACAUUGGCAUAUGCAUUGCCAGGAGUAAUUCAUAUCCAAGCACAACCAUAAGCACUAGGACCCAGAAUUUUAGUGCUUGCACCAACAAGAGAAUUGGUUUAGUAGAUUUAAACCCAAUAUGAGCUUUUUACAAGAACAUGUUGUGUUUAUGGUGGAGUCUAUAAGAAUUUACAAUAUUCUGAAUUAUUAGGGAUAAAAUAAUCCAGAAAUAAUAUUAGUCUGCCUUCUGUAAUAAUUGGUACUCCAGGAAGAUUGUUAGAUUUUAUGAAAGAUGGUUAUCCUUUGAAAUCUAUCACUUAAGUUGUAUUGGAUGAAGCUGAUAGAAUGUUGGAUAUGGGAUUUGAAGAAUAAAUUACAUAAAUUUUUUAGAAAGUGAGAAAGGAAAGACAAACUUUGUUUUUCAGUGCUACUUGGCCAAAGGAAGUAUAAAAAUUGGCUAAUUUCCUAUGUAAUGAAAAUCCAAAUCUAUUGCAGAUUGGUGAGUAAGGAUUGUCAGUCAAUAAAAAUAUUUAGUAAGAAAUAAUUAUUGUUUACGAAAAUAAAUUUGAGCAAUUUGUUGAAUUGGCAGAGAGGUUGAAGGGAUAAAAAUUGCUUAUUUUUUGUUAGAAGAAGAUUGACACUUAGAAAUUGGAAUAUCGUUUAUCCUUACAUGGAUUGAAGGCUAGAUAUUUGCAUGGAGAUCUAAAACAAGCUGAGAGAGACUACAUCAUGGAAGAUUUUAAGACAGGAGCAAUCAAUUGUUUGAUCACUACCAAUUUAGCAUCUAGAGGGUUGGAUAUUUCUGAUGUUGAUGUUGUAAUUAAUUAUGAUUUCCCAGAUAAUAUUGAAGAUUACAUUCACAGGAUUGGUAGAACUGGCAGGGCUGGCAAGAAAGGAUUGGCCAUUAGUUUUUUUGAACCAGGGUCAAUAAAUAAUAGAGUUAAAAGCGAAUUGGUGUAAGUUCUUCAACAAUCUAAUUAAGUUAUACCGUAAGAAUUAUUUAAUAUGAUGUAAUGAUAUUUUAUAGUAAUUUAUGGUCUAUAUUUUUUUGUCAA